AUGAGCGUGGCUCUCGAGCGGGAGUUUGGCCUGCUCCACCUUAGUGCUGGGGAUCUCUUGCGGGAGGAGGUGGAGAGGGGGACUCCGCUGGGAAGGGAGGUCGCGGUCCUCAUGAACGAGGGGCACCUUAUCCCGGAUGAGUUGAUUGUGAAUAUUAUGAUCAACCGCGUACAGAAGCCGGAUGCCAAGAAGGGUGUCCUUCUCGAUGGUUUCCCCCGUACGUUGCGUCAGGCGCAAGCCCUCACAGAAAGUGGGCUUCACAUCGAUGCCGUGAUCUUCAUUAAUGUGGAUCCAAAGUUGCUAGAGGAGCGUUGCCUGCUGCGUCGUCUGGAUCCUGUCACGGGACGCAUUUACAACUUGAAGAGCGAUCCACCGCCAGAGUCCAUCAUGAACCGCCUCCUCAUCCGCUCCGACGACACCCGUGAGAAACACCAGCGAAGGAUGAAGAUUUACCGAGAACAGAAGGAAGCCCUCAUGAAACACUAUGAAGGAGUGAUCAUAGAGGUGGAUGGCAAUCCACCCUUGCCCGUGGUGUACGCGAUGGUGCGGGCAAGCAUCGCUCCCUUGUGGAACGCGAAGGUCAAGAGUAAACUCUGA